AACAACAAAGCUAUGAUUAGACUAGUUAUUCAUAUUCCUUACCUUAGUUAUCAUCCUCUAUAUAAAGAAAUGUUGCAAAGACCUUUUACUCUUCAGACCAAGUUUUGAGCAUAAAUAAGGAAAGGGGGGAAAAGACAUCUUCCCAAAUUGGUGGAGUUGCAGACCAUAGUGUACUAUCUCUGAGCUGAGAGAAACAGGCUGCAUUUUAAAACUAAGAUUGUGUCAGACAGACUUAUGUAUUACCACAAUCAGCACCAAGGAAAGAGCAUCCUCUCUUCAUCUAGAAUGUCCAUUCCUUCUGAAAGGCACCCAUUUCUCCGAGGAAAUGGCCCCGGAGAUUCUGGACUAAUCCUCUCAACCGAUGCGAAGCCACGACUAAAAUGGACUCCAGAUCUUCAUGAGAGAUUCGUCGACGCAGUUAACCAGCUUGGAGGAGGAGAAAAGGCUACUCCUAAGACAAUCAUGAAAGUCAUGGGUAUUCCAGGUCUUACUUUAUAUCAUCUCAAGAGUCAUCUUCAAAAAUAUAGGCUGAGCAAGAAUCUUAAUGGACAAGCUAAUAGCAGUUUAAACAAGACAAGUGUGAUGACCAUGGUAGAAGAAAACACCCCUGAAGCAGAUGAAAGUCACAGUGAGAGUUUAAGCAUUGGACCACAGCCUAGCAUGAACUUGCCCAUAAGUGAUGCUCUUCAAAUGCAAAUAGAGGUUCAGAGAAGGCUACACGAGCAACUUGAGGUACAGCGACAUUUGCAGCUCAGGAUCGAAGCUCAAGGGAAGUACCUGCAAGCGAUUUUGGAGAAAGCACAAGAGACACUUGGGAGACAGAACCUAGGUCCAGCUGGUAUCGAAGCAACUAAAGCUCAACUCUCAGAGCUAGUAUCUAAAGUGUCAUCUGAAUAUCCAGACGCUAGCUUCCUAGAACUGCAGAAUCUACACCACCAACAGAUGCAAACAGCCUAUCCGCCACCAAACUCCUCCCUGGAAAGUUGCCUAACCUCAAGUGAAGGAAACCAGAAAGCACCCAAGAUGCUUGAGAACGGAUUGGGACUAAGGACGUAUCUUGGAGAUUCAAGUUCGGAGCAGAAAGUGAUAAUGGAAGAACCAUUUUUCCACAGAAUGGAGCUCACAUGGGCAGCAGAAGAAGAAGAAGAAGGCCUCAGAGAGAAUAAUAAUAGGCCGUAUCUUUCGGCAAUGGAACCGAGAAACUCGACUUCAAGAAGAAGUCCCGGGAGAUUGUCAAUAGGAGUGGGAUUACAAGAACUUCGAGGUGGGUACACAGAGGAAAGAUACAGGGAGAAUGGAGGAGAUUGCAAGGUUGAAACACGCACCAGUACAGCUCUGGAUCUUAACACACAUGAAGAAACCUACGGUACAACACGUCCGAAACAGUUUGAUUUGAACGGUUUCAGCUGGAGUUGAGAAGAAAGUCUAAAGCUUAAAAACUGCACCAACCAUUUGAUUUCCUUUAUCAUCCUGAGGUCGUCUGAAAGUUAGUUAUCAUUCGAAACAAAAGAGACAUGUUAUGAUCCUCAUGCAUCUAUGUUACAUUUAUAUUACUAACUUCAUGUUUCUGAAA